AUGUUCUUCCAACACCACCAGUCCCAGCAAUCCUCCGCCACCGCCACCGCCAAACAUCAUGACUCCUCAGAUCGUCUACCAGGAGCCAGCAACUCCUCCUGGGGACGCCAUCCAUCCUUCACCCCCAACCUCCCCAUGCCUUCCCCCAACGGCUAUCCUCCUUUAGGAUCCGGCUAUCCCCCCGGCGUAGGAGGUGCCCACCACCAUCCCAGUCUUAAUCACUCGCAUGGAGGCAUCCACCCGUCGUUUGGAAGCGGCGGGCUGGGAGGAAGCGGAGGACUGGGCCACGGGCCGGGAGGUUUCGGUAUGGGAAUGUUUCAGGGAGUGCAGGCGAGCCCGCCUAGGGGAGAACCUGUACCGAUGACGAGCCACUGGCAGACGCAACUGGCGCGGGCGGAAACGUCGAGGACGGCCUCUUCUGCCCAUCAUCGGGCUAGAGCAGCUGCCAUCUCGUCGAGGGCGACCAACAAGCCUGCUGCAGUGGCUAUCGUAGACCCCAACGCGAGGCCUGGCUCCUCCCAUGGGUCCAACGGUCUGCACAGAAAGCAAGGAUCAGUCGCCUUGAAUGGAGAACCCUCCACGGGCACUCCUGUCAUGACCGCCCUCACCCCCUCUACCGACCCCGCGAAUCCUACCCAACCGCCAGCGACGAAUGACAAGGAGGAUGAGCAACGGCCGAAUGAGCCGUGGACUGGUCUGGAUCUGGGUGGUAUACGGCUGAAGAGGCUGUCGACUGCCCUGUUUUCCUUUUCCCACAUCACCUCCUUGUACAUAAAUCACAACGCCCUCACCGCCAUCCCCUCAGCCAUCUCCAACCUCCGAAAUCUUACCCUCCUCGACGCCACAGGCAACGAACUUUCCUCUGUACCGUCAGAGAUCGGUGUACUGUGCAAGCUCAAAGAUCUCUUGCUCUUUGACAACAACAUCACUACCCUCCCGUGGGAGUUUGGUACCCUCUAUCAGCUCGAGAUGCUUGGUAUCGACGGCAACCCCAUGAACGCAGACUACCGCAAAAAGCUCAUCGAGGAGGGAACUCGAGGUCUCAUCACCUAUCUCAGAGAUCACGCGCCCCAGGGCCCACCACCUCCCGAGAGACCGUGGAUAGACCUCGAGACAGAUAUCGAUUCCCCCUCCACCGGCAAACAAGAAUCCUUCUCCGUUCUCACCUACAACAUUCUCUGUGCCAGCUUUGCCCCCGCGACCACAUACAGCUACACGCCAUCGUGGGCGCUGAAUUGGGACUAUAGGAAGAGCUUGCUGUUGGAGGAGAUUACGGCGGCGUCGGCGGAUGUGGUGUGUUUGCAAGAGAUUGACUGCAAGCAGUAUGCCGACUUUUUCUAUCCCGAGUUGAAGAAGAAGGGAUAUGAGGGCCAGCACUAUCCGAGGUCGAGAGCAAAGACAAUGUCGGCGGAUGAACAGAAGAAUGUGGAUGGUUGUGCGACGUUCUGGAAGGAUGACAAGUUCAAUCUUGUCGAGUCUCAGGUCGUCGAAUUCAACCAGCUUGCUCUUCAGAAGACCGACAUGCGAACCGAAGACAUGUUCAACCGUGUCAUGUCGCGAGACAAUAUUGCCGUCGUCGCCGCCCUCGAGUUCCGAGCAUCCGGUGGCCGUCUCUUGGUCGCCAACUCGCAUAUCUACUGGGACCACCGCUACCGAGACGUCAAGCUGGUACAGAUUGGUAUGCUCAUGGAAGAGCUCGAAAAGAUUAUCGACCAGUUCUCCCAGUACCCUGCCAAGCUCGACUUGGACCCCGAGUACAACAACGGCCGCCCUGUCGUCUACGAGCGCUCAGAGAAGGGUCGAGAUAUCCCACUCAUCAUGUGUGUCGACUUGAACUCUCUCUCGGGCUCUGGUGUGUACGAUUACCUUUCCCAGGGUGAGGUAUCGGGCGACCACGAAGACUUUAUGACCCACUUGUAUGGCAGAUACACUGCUACCGGUCUCAAGCACGGUCUGAACCUGCGUUCGGCGUGUUCCGGAAUAGGAGAGAUGAGGAUGACCAACUUUACGCCGACGUUCGAUGCCGCGAUUGAUUACGUCUUUUACACACCGAGGACGAUGAAGGUUACGAGUGUGUUGGGUGAUAUCGACAGGGAGUAUCUGGACAAGAUUGUUGGAUUCCCCAACGGGCACUUCCCUUCAGACCAUAUCCCAGUAUUCGUCCAAUUCCGAGUCAGGGGUCAGCAAUAA